AUGUUCAAGCUUGAUGCUGUGAAUAUGAUUAAUGCUAAGUUUGAUGCUUUGACAAUGAAGAUGGAUAAGCUAAGCAUGAAAGUAAAUUCUUCAGUUGGAGGUUCAAGUAAUUUAGUAGAUGUUGGAGCUACAAAUAUCAACAGUGCAACUGAUUUUUCUGCAUUUAGUCAAGAUUUUUCAAGUGAGCAAUGCAAUGCUGUUACUUUAAGAAGUGGAAAGUUAAUGGGGGAAGAACACGAAAUUGAAGUAAAGUUGAAAGAAAAGAAAAAUGAGUGUGAGAGUGAAUCCACUUCAACUAAAGCAAAAGCUAGUAAGGAAGCAAAUGUGGAGAAAGAAGAUAAAAAGAAAAUAGAAGAGAAAUAUGUGCCUCCUUUUGGGAAAUUCCUUAAAGUUUUGAAGAAGUUGUAUAUCAACAUUCCAUUCACCGAUGUCAUUUCUCAAAUGCCUUCUGAUGCUAAGUUUUUAAGGGAGAUUUUAUCAAAUAAAAGAAGGUUGGAAGAUUAUGAAACUGUUGCACUUACUGAGGAGUGCAAUGCUAUAUUGCAGAACAAGCUCCCACCUAAGCUGAAAGAUCCCUGA